AUGCGAUCGGUACGGAGACCCAAAACCCAGCCGAGGCGCAGGUCUUCGGCAACGAAAGUCUCGGAAGUGCGGAUACGACUCACUACAACUGUCAGGGCAACCAUUGAGUCAAUAAGCCGUCGGGUCGGUAUCCGGGCCCGUGACGUACGGGCUGUGGUCCAAGAGCAACACCCCGAAUCAACCUUCACGCAGAGGGACAUCUACAACGCCCGGGCUCUCAUCAAUCGAGACAAAUUGAACGGCCACACUCCUACUGCAGCACUGAUCAAGCUGUUUGACGAGAUGGGGGUUCCCUAUCUUGUCAAGUGGGCGGAUGAUGAGCCAAAUCGCCUCGUUGGUCUUGUCUGGACGUUUCCGUACUGUCUCCAGAUGUGGAAGCGGUUCCCCGAGGUCAUCAGCUUCGACAACACUUACAACACCAACCGCUUCAAGCUUCCAUUGUUCCAAGCAACAGGACAGACUUGCCUUGGUUCUGUCUUUAAUGCAGCUUUUGGUUUGAUCGACAACGAGAGACGGGAGGGGUUCCAGUUCCUCUCCGAGAGCAUUCGACAGCUCGCGGAGCAGCACUCGAUCCGACCACCGGACACCGGAAGUCAGGUCGGCCCUGGUCUCCAUGCAAGGCAACUAUUCGGCCAGAGCGGCGUCUUCGGCCAAGGGGACAACCUUGUCAGCAACAUCUUUGACGGCGCUGCCUGCGUCGUCAGCAGUGUGAUCGGCGGCGGUAACCCGAGAUGCCGCGGCAAAGGCUCAUCAACUGUCAAGCCUGAUGACGUACAAGGCGACAGAGAGCAAUGGUCAAAUGGUUAUACCUAUACGUAUGAUGCGAACGAAGACGGGACUCUCAUGGUCACAAUUUCGCUGCAGAAUGGAGGACAUUGCACCUAUAACUUGAAGGCCGAUGGGAAGUCUGUCGCGGAUGUCAUCAGUGCUGCAGCUAAGAGGUGCUUCGAUGAGAAGUAGAUAUCUACUUAGAUGUUACGUUCCAAGUAGGAUAACUGUGAAGCCGCCUCUGUUGAGCACCGCGCCAUAAGACGAGUCCCACGCGGUUAUGUGUGAGGGUUUUGGCCCUUUCGGGCCGAGAAUCCUCACGGCGAGCUUCAGAUUGUCAGCUCGUCCCCGUAGAAUGACCACAGAUCCCGGGACGAAGCCCUAGCUGCACUGCUUUCCCGCUGCGACAUCCGAUGAUAGCGCGAGUUCCAGGGUGGCGAUCAACGCAACUGUCACCACUGAAUUGAACAAUGUGGAUUUUUUUCUUGUUAAGGUACAAAAAAGAAGACUGUCCUUUCUGCGGACCAGGGGUACUUACAUCUGUGGGCCUGCAGAAUCCUCAUUUGAUGCAUUCAUUCUCUA